AUCAUCUAAGAGUCUAAGACAGAUCUUGUCAUCGUGUACCUAAAAAGAAAAAAAAAAAAAAUUAAAAGAAUUCUUGCUACUAUAUAUACACCAAAAAAGAACCAAGAGGAGGUGGCUGGAACUGGAAGGAACAAACAUCUUAGUAAAACCCCAUAGCGAUGUUUGCAGUCUGGAUUGCAAUUUUGAUUUUGAGUUAAAAGUAGGUGAGAAAAAUAAGAGAAAAAAAUUUGAAAAGGGAAAGGAGAAAAAGGAAGGAAAAUCGCAAAGCAUUGGGGGGCAGCAGACAGUGCGUGAGUGAGUGAAAAAGGUUGAAAGGGUUCAUCCAUCCACUAAUGGCGGAAAGAGAAGGCGGAUCGAGUUCGGAGAUGUCUCUGAAGGAUCAGGGCAACGAGUUCUUCAAGUCAGGCAAGUACCUCAAAGCUGCCGCACUCUACACUCAAGCCAUUAAGCAAGACCCUUCAAGCCCUACUCUUUAUAGUAAUCGUGCUGCAGCAUUGCUGCAAUUGGAUAAGCUCAACAAAGCUCUUGAUGAUGCUGAGAUGACAAUAAAAUUAAAACCAGAAUGGGAAAAGGGAUAUUUCAGGAAGGGGAGUAUAUUAGAAGCCAUGAAGCGAUAUGAUGAUGCAUUGGCUGCCUUUGAGAUAGCUUUGCAGUAUAACCCGCAAAGUCAAGAAGUAACAAAAAAGAUAAAGAGGAUAAACCAACUAGUAAGGGAAGGUAAGCGAGCUCAAGAAGUGGAGAACAUGAGAUCUAAUGUCGACAUGGCCAAACAUUUACAAGCAUUGAAACCUGAAUUGUCUGGAAAAUAUGGAUCUGAAGAGUGCUGGAAGGACAUGUUUACAUUCCUUGUUGAGACCAUGGAAACUGCUGUAAAAUCAUGGCAUGAGACCUCUAAACUGGAUGCUAGAGUUUACUUUCUUCUUGAUAAGGAAAAGACACAGACAGAUAAAUAUGCCCCAAUUGUGAAUAUUGACAAGGCAUUUGAAUCACCACAUACUCAUGGCAAUUGCUUUUUGUAUCUUAGACAGUAUGCUGAGGAGUCUUUCUCCAAAGCAGCCUGCUUAGUGACUCCUAAAAGCAUCAUUGCUUAUCCACAGGUCUGGAAAGGCCAAGGAUCAAGGAAGUGGAAACAUGCGCAAAAUGAUGGCUUCUUUGUUCAAUUUGAGACACCUUCUCUACGAAAGCUCUGGUUUAUUCCAAGUUCCAAUGAAAAGGGACAGACGUUGUGCAGGGAUCCGGAUGGUUUGGACAUAGGUGCUCAUGAAAUUCUUCCGCGGUUAUUCAAGGAAAAUCUUCCCAGCUCUUAAAACUAGUGUUUUAGCUUAUAUUUCCUUGGAUAUAAAUGAUAGGCUCAUAGGAAAGUUUUCGUAUCCAACAAAAUAUGGAGGACUAGGUUUAUUGGCCAUGUUUUGUUUUCUUGUAAUGUGACAAAUGCAUCCCUUUCGAUUUUGAUUUAUUUUUAAUUUAUUUUAUCCAAACCUUCAAAA